AUGUCGCCACGGUUCACAUUACAGAAUCCCUAUGUCGUGGCAUCUCUGCCGCGACCGAUUGAUCAUUCAAACGGCCGCUAUGUCGUUGGCGAUGUCUACGGAGGAGCUCCAGGAUCGAAGAAGAGAAAGAGAUCAGAACUGGCGGUGGGAGUCGACGGUGAAGGUGUAAACAUAUACGAUAUAUCAACAUCCAGACUGGUUACCUCGUAUGCGCUUCCUCCGCAAACUUCCUUUACUUGCCCUCCAACCUCGCUCCGGACUCGAAUCUCGAAGAGAGAGGUGGAAAGAAGAACCUAUGUCUCUACGAAAGGGCCUCAAGCAGAAAUUACCUUAUUUCACGACGUUACAGUUGGCCCUGAAGCUCAGUCUUCUACCGUCACUCACAAACUGGAACAUUCAAAAGAGCCGGUUGUGUAUAUGGGAACGGUCACUGCUACACGGGACUCUGCGGCCGCUAUCGAUACAUUGGAUCUGCUCAUUGUAAAGAGGGAUGGAGAAAUCCAAUGCCUUGAUGGAGACAAGUUGCAAGAAAAAUGGACUUCUCCAGCCAGUGCUCUUGGAAGAGAUGCUACGACACCAUUAACAGAUGCGAAAGUUGAGUUCGCACAGUUGACAAAUGCCUAUACAGCGAGCCAGGGUAUAUUGAAAGACCAUCAUGGCGUCUUUUCUCUCUUCCCACAAGAGAUAUCUGAAGAUGGCUUCAACCCAGAUAUUCUAGUCGUCAUCACGAGGUCAGGGGAUCUAACUCCAUCGCGAAAUGUUCAUGUUGUCGCUCUGCCAAGAAAGCCUUCCACAAGUUUGGAUGGAUUGGGGCACUCGGUAGAGUCUCUAUUGACUGCAAGCCUGCCCUCUCCAAGCGAAUUUCAGGAAAAGGCCUCUUUCAGCAUCCACGUUUCUGCCGGGAUUAUCCAACAACUGUCAUCCAAUAUCUUGACCACAUUCAGUAUGAAUGACACCCUCCCCACAGAGCUAUCACAGCUCAAGGUCAAAGGCGCCAAAUCGUUUCUGCGACUCUCAAAUACUUCAAUCAUGGUGUCAACGGGAACUGUCAUCACCGUGUACAGUCCAAAAUUCCAAUCCAUCAUGGCAUCAAUCAAGGUUCCGAGUCCAUGGAAUUCAAAUCUAGGAGCUGGCGAUGAGACUGAAGAAGCGGAGAAAAACAUCUUCAACCUUGUGUCUUAUUUUCCUAGGCUUAACACAGCAGUGGCAAUCGCCGAUAAUGACUUGGUUGCGAUACAAAUCGAGGGAAAAUCACGCGCUGCUGGCCUUCUGAUAGAUUCGCUUGGCUGUUCAGUCCUUGACCAGAUGAGACCAGGGCGUACUGUCAGCGGAUCCACAAAUGUCGGACUGAUCACAAUGGGAUCAUAUCUUCCAGGUUCAAUUGGAAUGCCAGAAAAAUCAUGGAAACAAGAGAAAAAGGCCAUGGAUGCCGCAGCCUCUGCAGGUGAUAUUGCUGAAUUUGAGGCCCAUAUGGCCGAGAGACUUGGGGAGAGUUGGGGUGAUAAAGUCUCCACGAACGAAAAGCCUAAAUUGAACCCAUCUGAAGUCGACCGGCGAUGGGUGAUAUACGCCCUUACCAAGAUCUUUGCCUGGUCAAACGACGAUAAUGGCGAGUACAAACUCACAAUUCCAUUCUACCCUCCCAACGUGUUCAUGUGGCUGUUGAAGACGGGGAACAUGACUGUUGCAAAUAUCGAGCUGGCUAUACGGAAUCAGAUACGUCCAGUUCCCUUGGAAUUCAUACCCGCUGGUCAGCUUGUGGAUGCACUGGUUGAAUUGGACCCCACUAUGGACCUCCUGCGUGUGCUUGUUUCCAGGAAUUUCUUGGGCGCGGCAGAACUGCUCGGUGCAAUUCGGGCUUUGAUGGAAAGUCUAGAAUUGUUCGGAGAGGGCGCGGCUGCGAAGCAGAAACUACUGACGAAUGGGGAAGAGCUACAUCUAGAAGAUGGUGAUGUUGAGGAACACCUCACAGCGCUAGAGGCCGAAGCCGAAGCCGAUUUAGCCAUGGCGGAGUAUCAAUUAGGACCUGGAUCCGGCGUCAGAGGAGAGGCAUUGAGCAUAGCGCUGUCUAAACUUUACACAUGCCCGACAAACACGAUUGUAUACGCGCUUCAGACGACAUUCACCACUCAAGAGGUCGUUUCUUUAAUAUAUCUCCUUAGGUUUGAAUUGGCACGAGGGGGGUGGACCUCGAGGUAUUUGGAUGAUGAACAGUUGGAUAUCAUUGAUAACGAGGCAGGGACACCGGACAACACGAUCCUUGUGAUAUCCAGCCUACUCAAUAAUUGCGUUGAUGCGGUCGGAGCUGGGGGUUGGUUGUCAGGCGAUGCCAGGUUAGUGAACGGCGACUCUUUUGAGGCUGAAGAACUCAUCUCGAGUCUUAAGCUUGAAGUGAGCGCUGCGUUGGAGGGGGUUGAAGAGGCGGUUUACCUGAAGGGGUUGACGUCGGAGAUGAUCAGAUACGGCAAUGCCGUACAUAAAGCCUGGGAGCCUAGGGAGCCGGCAGCAGAUGGACCAGCAUCCAAGAAGCAGAAAACAUCACACAAACCGGUAAUCCUUCCAUCUUCGGACCAGGAUUCCAAGCUCCUGCCUCUCGGGUUGAAGGCCGAUCAGCAAAUUUCACGUCUUCGGGUCGGAGCAGGAGGAGAAGUCCAAGAGCGUAGCGCAAGAGAUAUUGGACGACUGAAGAGUUUAAAGGUUGGGAAGUAUUCUCUGGAAAGAAUUGUCAUAUAG